AGUUAAGAAUGGUUCACAAGUGCAUUUUCAAUUUUCUACAUCAUCUUUACUUUAAGAAAACUAAAAGAAAUGGCAUCUCUGAUCUCUAGCUGGGCUUCACAAGUGAACACUGUGCCUGAAAGGUAUGUGGUGCCUACUGAGAAAAGAUUGAAUGUAAAUGUCCCAAUUGGUAAAGACAUUCCAGUUAUUGAUUUGUCACAUCCUAAUUCUGCCCUCAUAGCUGAACAAAUCAUCAAAGCUUCUCAAGACUAUGGAGUUUUUCAGGUGAUUAACCAUGGAGUGUCACAAGAGUUGAUUGGUGAUGUCCUUGAAGUUUGUGAUGAAUUUUUCAAGUUGCCAAUUGAGGACUUGGAAAAGUAUACUGAAGAAGAAGAGUUGAGUGAAUUUGAGCCAAAUCUUGACCAGAAACCAAAGCUUUAUAUUGAAAAGGAAUAUAAGCCUAAGAAGAAUGGUAAGAAUGAUAAAGAAGUCAUUUUUUGGAAAGACACUUUUGCUCAUUGUACUCAUCCUACCAAAGAAGAUAGAAUUAAUUCUUGGCCUGAAAAGCCAGCAAAAUAUAGGGAAGUGAUUGGAAAAUAUAGUGAGGGAGUGAGGAAGGCAAAUUUGAGAAUUUUGGAGCUAAUGUGUGAAGGAUUGGGACUUGAAAAGGAUUACUUUGCAAAUGAGCUGAGCCAUAUUCAGUAUAUGGCUAUAAACCUUUACCCAAAAUGCCCCGACCCGACUGUAACAGCUGGAGCCGUGGAACAUAAUGACGGCGGAGUCAUCAACUUGCUUUUACAAGAAUUGGGCGGCUUACAUGUGCGCCGUCAGAAAGAUGGACAGUGGCUUGCUGUUGAGCCCAUUCCUGGUGCAUUGGUUUGCAUCAAUGGCAUGAUUUUGAAGGUGAUUAGCAAUGGGAAGUUAGAAAGUGGAAUACAUAGAGUGGCUACAAAUUCAGUGAGAGAUAGAAUAUCUCUUGGAUGUUUAACUAGUCCUUCUUGUGAUGGAAAAUGCAUAAUUGAGCCUGCUAAACCACUUUUAAGUGAAACUAAUCCACCUAAAUACAAGUCAUUUUCCUACACUGAGUAUUUGAAGAUUUUCUUCAGUGACACCUCUGAAUUUGAAGCUGCACUCAAUCCAUACAAAAUUUAAUUAAUUAAUUUAUCACUAUGGGAUAAAUUGAUGUGUUUCUUUAUUUUGGAGGUACCAAAAAUAAUCAUUGAUGAAUAAAUUUUGUGUGUGUGUGUGUGUUUAUUAAUGUUAUGUUUUGGAUUUUCAAUAAUUUCAUGCUACUAUGUAUUGUACUACUUCCUUUUGUAAUAGUGAUUUGAGUUUGUGAUAUAAAUAAAACAAUUUCAAUAAAUAAAGGUGUGUUUGAAGAA